AUGGCCCCUUCCUUUGAGACCAACAAUGAAUUUGAUUCAGAUGUUUUAUUGAAGAAUCAGCCGAUUCCCAAGAGGCUGCAAAAUUUUGAAACAAAGUCCGUUGUGGCUAGUGGCUUACGAAGCAAGAUUGCAAACAUUGACCACGACUCCUGUGAAGCUGGUGACGAAGAUUCGUUCUUUGUUGCUGAUAUUGGAGCGGUCGUUCGGAAUUACCGGUUAUGGCAGCAAGAAUUGCCUCAGGUGCAACCCCAUUACGCUGUUAAAUGUAACACGGAUAUGAGGGUUAUUGAAGCGCUUGCCAGAAUGGGAUGUAAUUUCGACUGUGCUUCGAAAACGGAAAUUGACCAAGUUUUACUGUUGGGUGUUGAUCCAGGUCGGAUCGUGUAUGCCAAUCCUUGUAAGACCAAUUCUUAUGUGCGUCACGCCAAGGAUGUUGGUGUAAACUUGACGACGGUGGAUAAUGUCCAUGAGUUGCAGAAGAUCAAACGGUUUCAUCCCGAGUGUGGAAUCUUGAUCAGAAUCAUGACGGAUGACGAAUCAGCCCAAUGUAGAUUGUCUACCAAGUUUGGGUGUUCGGUGAAGACUGCCGUGGAAGAGUUGUUUCCCUUGGCAAAGGAGUUGAACCUACGGGUACGUGGAGUCGCUUUCCACGUUGGUCUGGGAGCAACGGAUUUGGACUCGAUUUACAAAGCUGUUCAAGAUUCAAGAAUUCUCUUUGAUUGUGGAAUUGACCAAUUCGGGUUCAAAGAAAUGAAUUUGCUUGAUAUUGGCGGCGGGUUCCAAGAACUGACCUUUGGCGAGUCGUCUGCCAUGGUGCGUAUGUCACUUGACAAGUUUUUUUCCAGUGCGUACCGGGAGCUUCAUCCAGUUGAAUUUAUUGCUGAGCCAGGCCGGUUCAUGGUUGCAAAUGCUUUUACUUUGGCUGUCCAUGUAAUUGCGAGAAGAGAUGUUAGGGAAGCUGAAUCCGAAGUCCAGGCGAUGUUGUACGUGAAUGACGGAGUUUAUGGUAACCUCAACUGUAUUCUCUUUGAUCAUCAGGUACCUCUGGCGUCUUUAUUGACCCACAAGGGCCAGUUUGUUUACGGUUCCGAGCCAGAUCCUGAACUCAGUUUCUCAAUUUGGGGACCUACUUGUGACGGAUUGGAUUGUAUUUCCGGAAAAUGCCAGUUGGCAUUCAAUGUAGAGGUGGGCGAUUGGCUCUACUUUCCCAACCUCGGUGCUUAUACGUCUGCAGCCACUACCUCGUUUAACGGGUUCAAGGGCACAGCAGAAGUGGUCUACGUCAACUCCGAAAAGUGA